AGCGAGAGAACACGACUUUCCUCCUCUGUAUUGUUUCCGUUUAUCUGCUUUGCUGUUGAAGCCACCGGAUUAGGACGAUGUGAACCGACUCCACACUGUACGGAAGUUGUUCCGCUCUCAUGGAGAUAGUAAAGGUCCUGUGUGUGAUGUGUACACUGGUGUAGUGGACGCUGCCGAGGCGGGACACUGUACUGUAGAUGCCAUCCUCUACAUCAGCUUUGUCCUCAGAAUAUGCCCAGGCAUCACCAUGAAUCUGACACUGAGCUCCAAGCCUGGAUUCUUCCUCACCAACAGCUCGCCGGGAAUGAGAGAUUUUCCCUACAUCGCUGUUAUUCCUCAAGAAUUCUGGCCAGAGGGUGACGGUCAUCAAGCCAAUGUCUCCCUCCUCACACGGGGCACCAACUUGACCAGCUCCCCAAAUGCCACUAUCACACCCACAGUGGUGUAUGAUCCCCUAGGUGGACACUCUGUCUGGCAAGUCAUUAUUAUCGUACUACUAACAGGGUCAUUGUCCCUUGUCACAAUCACUGGAAAUGUCUUGGUGGUUGUGUCAUUUAAAGUUAACAAACAGCUGAAGACAGUGAAUAACUAUUAUCUGCUCAGCCUGGCGUUUGCUGACCUCAUUAUUGGCAUAUUGUCAAUGAAUCUUUACACUACAUAUAUUAUCAUGGGCAGGUGGGCACUUGGAAACUGGGCAUGUGACCUAUGGCUGGCUAUUGAUUAUGUGGCAAGCAAUGCCUCUGUUAUGAACUUGCUGGUAAUCAGCUUUGACAGAUAUUUCUCAGUCACAAGGCCACUUACCUACAGGGCCAAACGGACCACUAAAAGAGCAAUGACCAUGAUCGGCCUUGCAUGGUUUAUUUCCUUUGUGCUCUGGGCCCCUGCUAUCUUGUUCUGGCAGUACUUUGUGGGGAAACGAACAGUACCUCCAGGAGAGUGCUAUAUCCAGUUUCUCUCGGAACCUAUUAUCACAUUCUGCACUGCAAUUGCAGCCUUCUACCUGCCUGUGACCAUCAUGACCGUCCUAUACUGGCGGAUUUAUAAAGAGACCGAAAACCGAUCCAAGGACCUGGCAGGGCUUAAGGCCUCAGGGAACCAGGUCAAGCAAGGCAGCGAGGAGGAAUCUACUGCAAUGAUGCCCUCAAGAGACAGCUCUUACAGUUGUGUCAACUACCCCCUCAACCAGCCUGUUCAAAAGGACUCUGAGAAAAAGACACGAAAUAGUUGCCACUUCUGGCUGCUGGGUAACAGUGGUCAAAAAAGUUGCAGCACUGGUGACCAAGAACACAGCAGCAGUGAUAGUUGGAAUAACAAUGAUGGUGGAGCAUCAAUGGACCAAUCAGAUGAAGAGGACCAGGAUGAAGAGGGUGCCAAUGCAAGGGCUGUUUACUCCAUCGUGGUGGACAUGCCUGAAGUGCCAACAGAUGACAACUCUGGGAUAUCAAGGCAAGGAGAGUUAAAGAUUGAAAACAUUUCUGCAGAAAGACCUUCUAGAAAAGGAUUUUCCAAAACCCCCACCCAUUCCUUGCCCACUACGGAUAACUCUAAGCCUUGUAGAAGCUCUUCUGGCUCAAAAUCUCCUUCAGUACCUCUCUCUGUUAAAGAUGAAACUUUGGCAAAAGAUUUGGUCUCAAAAGCCAAGACGCAAACAAACAAACGCAAAAAGGUUUCACUUGUCAAAGAGAAAAAAGCAGCACAGACAUUAAGUGCCAUCCUCCUUGCCUUCAUCAUCACCUGGACUCCAUAUAACAUCAUGGUCCUAGUAAAUACAUUUUGUGAUGACUGUAUCCCUGUGGGACUAUGGGCCCUGGGAUACUGGCUGUGCUAUGUGAAUAGUACAGUGAACCCUAUGUGCUAUGCACUGUGUAACAAAAACUUCCGCAUCACUUUCAAAAUGAUCCUGCUGUGCCAGUGGGACAGACAGAAACAGAACAAGCCUCACCUUCAGCAGCAGAAGCCAGCAGUAGUGGCCUACAGUAAGAAGUAACUAUUGUAGAGAUAAGAUUUCAGAGCGUAGACUGUUAUGAACUCCUGGAUUGGUUUUUCAUUGUUGCCAGUGUUUAGAUUUGCAACACUAAAGCUUACAGACCAUCUGCAAAGGUACACAAUUAAAAAAAAUAGGUUCUCAAUUUUUCUUUGGAUAGGUAGGGUUCUUUACUUCCUAAAGAGGUUGUACAUGAAACCCAACAUUUGAAAGAACCCCAACCCUAUUGUGUGGUUCAACAUUCAACCUUUUAAGGGUUACUUCCCCCAGAGGGACAAGUCAGUGAAUCUUUAAGGGUUCUAGAUUUCAACCUCCCUUAUCCCCUUGUGUGUAAUACCAUUGGUGUUUGUUAAAAGGGCUGUUGAGUUUGUAAUGUUAUAAAAUAGGUUUCUUCAAGUGUCCCUUACAGUUCAAGUAGUUAUAGGGCUAGAAUUAUCAAGCGGUUCGGGAUUGGUGCUUAAGGGUGCACCCUAGAGGGACAAACCAGAUAAACUGUUCGGGAUACUAGAUCAAACCUUUUUCUUUUCUUAGAAUGAAUGUGAUUGAUUAGUGCCUCUAUUCUAACUAUGUGUUGAAGGUUUUGUGUUGAACCUCCCAUUGUGCCAGGUUGCUUUCUUCUUAAAAGACGGUAAUUCUUUCUCAUUGUAUGCUAAAGUUUUGUUUCCAAUAUAUUUGGCCAUUGUCUGUAUCAUCACUGACGCAUACUCUUAGAAAAAAAGGUUCUUUGUAUACUUUUGGAACCUUCUAAGAAGGGUUCUUAUAGUACAGUAGCUGCAGAAAGGGGUGUUUUGGGUUAUAAGGGAGGAGGCUGGUGUUUUGGGUUAGUCAAACCAAGUAAGGUUUAAGGUUUAACCUUUAUUUCUAAGUGUGUACAUGGUAGUUAGAGUGUAAUAUUCUCUGUUGUGUUCUAUCGAAGAUACAGUGUUUUUCACACAGAAAUUGUUGUAUGAAGCUGCUUAUAUAUGAAUUGUAUGAGGUGGUAUUUAUCAGAUUUUAGACAAAUAAGUGCUUCUGUUGUUGAUGUCCUCAUUAUGCAGCCUGCUGUUCAUUCUGUACAAAUCAUUUUUCUAUUUUUCAAACAUUUAUUUAGAUAAUCAGAUAAGGACUCUUUUAUGGUAUGUUUU